ACUCCAUCACACCUUCCUUUCUUUCUUUCUUUCUUUCUUUCUUUCUAUAUAACUCUCCUUGGUUUCCAUUGAGAGUAGCACUGCACAUCACAUUAUCACAGCACAAGAUGUCUUCCUCUACAAAGGAUAAGGAGGUGUGUGACGGAAACAAAGGUGGUAAUGGAGUUGGAGUUAGGUGCUGUCUCUCAGGGAAUAAGGAUUUCUUUGAUGUUAUACUGUCAAAGUCACAUAUCACCACCCUUCCUUAUUAUCUGCAUCCACCAACACACAUUCUUCCCAAACUUCCUGGUGCAAAGGUGCCUUUGGCUCUUAGGCAUGGUGACAAGCAGUGGCAGAUGAUGUAUCAUGGAAACGACAGCAGGCCGAGGUUCGAGUGCGCUGGUUGGAAGAAAUUCGUGAAUGAUAACAAUCUGGCAGAGGGAGAUGCUUGCAUCUUCGAGGUGAUGGAGUCGAGCCCUCAGAUCCACAAGACAAGACACCAAUUAACUAACCUAAUUAACAGAGUAGAGAAGAGUAGAAAACAUAAACAAGCUACAGUCCAGACUUUAAUAUGUAAAGCAUAA